AUGGCUGGCUUCUUAGCUGGUGAGCCCUCACUUCAUGGAACACCUGAAGGAGUUCACAAGGUUUUCCACGAAAGGACAGAAGAAGGUAGUGGACGCUGGUAUUUCUCUAGGAAGGAAAUCGAAGAAAAUUCCCCUUCUAGACAAGAUGGCAUUGAUUUGAAGAAAGAGACCUACCUACGCAAGUCUUAUUGCACAUUCUUACAAGAUUUAGGCAUGAGGCUGAAAGUGCCGCAGGUAACGAUUGCUACAGCAAUCAUAUUUUGUCAUCGGUUUUUUCUACGCCAGUCUCAUGUGAAAAAUGAGCGUAGGACCAUUGCAACAGUAUGCAUGUUUCUCGCGGGUAAGGUUGAAGAAACUCCACGUCCUCUAAAAGAUGUCAUUCUUGUCUCAUAUGAAAUCAUACAUAAGAAAGACCCUGCAGCUGUCCAAAAGGAUCAAACAGAAGGUUGUGUAUAUGAACAGCAAAAGGAACUUAUUCUGCUGGGAGAAAGGGUGGUUCUCGGUACACUCGGUUUUGACCUCAAUGUGAACCACCCGUACAAACCCUUGGUUGAGGCAAUAAAAAAAUUUAAGGUUGCCCAAAACGCCCUAGCUCAAGUAGCAUGGAAUUUUGUGAACGAUGGGCUCCGGACAUCCUUAUGCUUGCAGUUUAAGCCCCACCACAUAGCGGCGGGUGCCAUUUUCCUUGCCGCCAAGUUCCUGAAGGUGAAGCUCCCGCAUGAUGGAGAGAAGGUCUGGUGGCAGGAGUUUGACGUCACCCCCCGCCAGCUGGAGGCCAACAUCAUGUACUGUGUAUAUCCUCUCUGGAAACCGCGCAUGCUCUGCUUACUUGAGUUUAGGUUUAAUUUACGAAAGUACCUCCUGGUGUUUGCUUAA